AUGUUUUCACCGAAGUUAGUUGUCGACGACGACGACACGGAUCGGUCCAGUUGUCGAUCUUCGACACCUCCGACGAAAUCAUCCCCACGCUCUAGCAUCUGUUUCGAGAAACCACCCUACGAAAAGCCUCCGGGCCAAUACCAUGUCUUCAGUCUGGGAAAAAAGAGGCGAUGUAUCUACAUCAUAUCACUCGCGGGCCUCUUCUCCCCGCUGUCGAGUAACAUAUACUUCCCUGCAAUUGGAGCCAUCUCCAGAGACCUCGACGUCAAAGUGUCCUUGAUCGCAUUAACCAUCACCAUCUACAUGGUCAUUCAAGGCAUAUCACCCUCAUUCUGGGGACCGCUCUCCGACACGAGAGGACGAAGACUCACCUUCAUAGGCACUUUUGCCAUCUUUCUAAUAUCGAAUAUUGGCCUGGCUUUGACAGAAAAUUUCGCGACUCUGAUGGUGUUUAGAGGUAUUCAAGCGGCUGGCAGCGCUGCUACCAUCUCUGUUGGCUCUGGAGUCAUUGGAGACAUCUCAUCCCCCAAAGAACGAGGUGGAUUUGUUGGAAUUCAUGGUGGACUGAGACAGACAGGUCAAUCAAUUGGCCCUGUAUUCGGCGGUCUCAUCACCCACGUCCUCGGCUUCCGGGCCAUAUUCUGGGUCCUCUUCGUCAUGGGCUCCAUCACCCUCCUCCUCAUCAUAAGCUUCCUCCCCGAAACCCUGCGCAGCAUCGCGGGCGACGGCACAGUCCGAUUGCAUGGAAUCCACAAGCCUCUCCUCUACACCCUCAAGGGCCAACCGUUCGUCGUCGACGACCAAGAAGUCCCCUCGCAACCGAAGCUCACCCUCUCCUCGGUGGUGGCUCCCUUCUGUUUCCUCUUUGAGAAGGACAUCUUCGUGACGCUCUUCUACGGUGCCAUCGUCUACACGGUGCACAGCAUGGUGACCUCAUCCACAACGGCCAUGCUGCAGCCCCACUUCAAACUCACCGACCUGCAGGUCGGCCUCGUCUUCCUCCCCAACGGCGCCGGUGUUAUUCUGGGAUCCUUCUUCACGGGCUUGCUCAUGGACCGCGACUUCAGGCUCUACGAGCGCAGAUACCGCGCCAAGCGCCACAUUCCGGCGGAAACAAAAACCAGCAAGUACCAGGAUGACUUCCCCAUCGAGCAUACACGUUUGCGCCAGUGUGGAUGGAUCGUCGCCCUGUUCGUUGUCGCAACGGGCUUGUAUGGGUACUCGCUUGCGCUGAACAAUCUGGUUGCGCCGCUGGUGCUGCAGUUCCUUAUUGCCUACACGGCGACCGCGGUGUUCACGUCUAAUUCGGCGCUAAUUCUGGACUUGUACACGGGGGCGGCGGCGAGCGCCACUGCAGUGAACAAUUUGGUGCGCUGCUCCAUUGGGGCGGGGGGCGUGGCCUGUGUCCAGUUCAUCGUUGACGCCAUUGGAGCGGGCCCGACGUACAUCGGGUGUGCGGUUCUGGCCGCGGCGUUCAGUCCAUUACUAGUGCUGGAGUGGAAGUUUGGUGGUCAAUGGAGAGUGGAGAGGACGAAGAAGUUGGCGAACAAGGGAGAUAAGGGUAGACAAGUGGUCUGAAAUAGGAAAAUUCCAAGGGGCAACUGCAGAAUGUAGAAAUGUGGAUAGAGAGGGCUUCAGUUCUGAAGUGAAAUCUCCGACAGAAAUGCCCAAGGUUGGUCAUGAUGUCGAUUAGUUAGUGUACGAGAUACUUAUCCACAUGUUCCAGACGAUAUGAGUUUGCUUUUGAUAGGAUGUAAAAUAUUAUGUGCAUGGCAUUAAUUCUGG